CCCGCCCUGGUGCCAGUGAAAAAAGAACCCUCACCCACACACAGUCUAAUCCGUCUCUGGGAGUUGCACUGUGCUAUCUACACUGAAGAAAGCAUGGUAUUCACUCAGGAGAUUCUUAGUUACCUCCACAUAGCAGACAAGACAGGUGCCUGGGGAACACUUGGGACAAUUAAACCUAAUAAGAGUUUUGAUCCAGAAGUUGAUGUGGAAAAACUUAAUAAAGCUCUGCAGGACAAAGGUAACCAGACUAUUAUUGACAUUGUAACAGGAAUAAACAAUGACCAGAGACAGGAAGUUGUGAAAUUGUACAAGGAAUUAUUUCAGCAGGACCUGACAGAGAACCUUAAAAAAAACCUCUCAGGGAAUCUAGAGAAGGUGAUUGUAGGUUUAUUAAAGACCCCAGCAGCAUAUGAUGCCCAUGAACUCAAAGCAACGAUGAAGGGCCUAGGAACAGAUGAGGCCACUUUGACAGAAAUUCUUUGCACCAGAACCAGCCAACAGCUUCAAGAAAUCCAGGCCUGCUACAAAAAGGAAUUCCAAAAAGAUUUGGAGAAAGACAUCACCUCAGAUACAAACCAGCCUUACAGAGAUCUUCUUCUGGCCUUGACCUUGGGCAAAAGAGAGAAAGAUUCUGGAAUUAUUGAUUAUGGCCUGAUAUACCAAGAUUCCAAGAUUUUGAGUACUUUAGGACCCAAGAAUACCCCAAACAUUGUUCAGUGGAUCACAAUCUUUACAGAAAGGAGCUCGGGACAUCUCAGGAGGGUGUUUGGCCAUUACGACAAUACCAACACUGUGACUGUAGAGGAAAGCAUUAGGAAAAACUUCAAAGGUGAUUUUCAGAAAGCUAUGUUGUCCUUGGUGUCUAUAAUGAAGAACGCGCCUCUAUAUUUUGCGGAAAAGCUUCACAGUGCUAUGAAGGGAUUGGGGACAAAUGAAGAUACUCUGACAAGGAUACUGGUUUCUCGAAGUGAAAUCGAUUUAUUGAGUAUUAGGGUGGAAUAUAGAAAAAAAUAUGGAAAAUCACUCUACUCGUCAAUUCUGAGUGAAGUUAAAGGUGAUUAUCGGACGGCCCUUCUAUUGCUGUGCAGAGCAGAAGAUGUAUAAAAGGAAAUGUGACUUUACACAAAACAAGAAGAGACUCAAGCAAACAAAAAAGCAACAAGUCAAUCGGCCUUUCCUGUCAUUGGGGUUUACAGUUUAAUGAAAUGCUAUGUGUAUAUCACUGCACAAUACUGUAUCUCACAGUUGUAUAUGUGAACAGCUAGUUUACAAUUAAAAUGAUGUUUCAUAA